AUGGCGAAAAUCCUCUUGAAACUCCCCGUGAAAGAUCUGAUGCGCUGUAAAGUCUUGAACAAAUGCAUCUAUGCUCUCAUCACCAGCCAUAGUUUCAUCAAGAAAUACUUUCAGCUCUCACAAAGCCAACCAGCAACGAGGGAGGUCAAGGUCCUUCCUUCACCUCACCAUCAAGUUUCCGAGAAAGAUGACCUUGUCAUACUUGGCUUUGGUGUUGUUCCUGGGACAAAUGACUAUAAGGUUGUUAGAAUUUUGACUUCGAUGGACUUUGACAUGGAAGACUGCAAGCCCUUUACAGUUGAGGUGUAUAAUCUUAGUACCAAUUCAUGGAGAAUGAUCAAUGUGAUUGAGUCUGUUUAUAGUUUAAUCUCUCCAGAAUUUUGCUCCUAUCUAAAAGUGGUUUAUCAAUGGUUGACCCUUGGUCUCUUUGAUGAAGCCAUUAUUUGCUUUGACAUGAGUGAUGAUGCAUUUUGGAAAAUGAAGUUGCCAAAAGAUGAUACUGACAAUUCAGCUCAUCAACUUAUAGAGUGUAAUGUUGCUGUCAUCAAUGACUCUAUUGCUUAUGUUAAGGAAUAUAAUUUGAAUUACGCAAUGGAUAUUCAGAUUGAGAUUUGGGUUAUGGACGAGUAUGGGGUUGAAGCCUCUUGGAACAAAAGAUACGUAAUUGGACUAGGGCUGGGAGAUUGGAUGUUCUUGGGAUUUUAG